CACGCGCAGCCGCCGGUAACCAGCUCGAGCCCGUGCACUUGGCGAUUGGACAGCGGCUGCAGGAGGUGGAGGAGUGAGUGGACGGGAGGAGUUUGGCGCAGGUCUGAGAUUGGUCUUGGACUUUUUCCACACCUUUCCCCCACCACUCGCACCCUCCGCCAUCUCCCCACUUCACUGAGGCUGAAACGCUGCCCUUGGGAACGGAGGGACGAGCAGCUGGCACCGAAACGGCCGAGAAACGUUUCUCCGAAAAUGAUCAAGACUCAUCACCGUACGUCGUCCAAAAGCUUGGAAACCGUGGAGGUGAAGAGCAAGUUUGGGGCUGAAUUUCGACGCUUUUCCUUGGAUCGAUCCAAACCUGGAAAAUUUGAAGAGUUUUAUGGAUUAUUACAGCAUGUCCACAGAAUUCCAAACAUUGAUGUUUUAGUGGGUUAUGCGGACAUUCAUGGAGACUUGUUGCCAAUAAAUAACGAUGACAACUAUCUGAAGGCAGUUAAGACAGCAAACCCACUGCUCAGGGUCUUUCUACAAAGAAAAGAGGAUGCUGAUUAUAGUGCCUUUGGUACAGACACUUUAACACGGAAAAAGAACGUCUUGUCAAAUGUACUGCGUCCUGACAACCGAAAGAAACCUCCAAUUGCCAUCAGCUUGCCACGUGAUUUCCGCCCAGUGUCUUCAAUCAUUGAUGUGGAUGUUCUUCCAGAAACCCAUCGAAGAGUGCGGCUAUAUAAACAUGGGUCUGAUAAACCACUAGGGUUCUAUAUCCGUGAUGGCUCAAGUGUCCGAGUAACUCCCCACGGGCUUGAAAAAGUCCCUGGAAUUUUCAUCUCUAGAUUGGUGCAGGGGGGAUUGGCUGAAAGCACUGGUCUAUUGGCUGUGAAUGAUGAAGUUCUUGAGGUGAAUGGUAUUGAAGUAUCGGGUAAAAGCCUUGAUCAGGUGACUGAUAUGAUGAUUGCGAAUAGCCACAAUCUUAUCAUAACUGUGAAACCAGCGAAUCAAAGAAAUAAUGUGAGGAUCAGUCGGACUUCUGGUAGCUCAGGCCAGUCCACUGACAGUGGUACUAGCCAUCCCACUUUUAUGGCGUCCCCACAUGUUAUGCAGAAUUUCCAUUCGGAAGAAGUGGACAGUGAUGAAGAAGCAGAUAUAGUCAUCGAGGGCAGUGAUGAGCCACAGCACAUUCCUGUGGCAACUUCUGCCAGUGCUAGCGUAGUAUCCUUAACAAAAAGUGUCAAUGAUCAUGGUUUAACUCCAAAUGGCUCUGUUGCCAGCAGCGAAGGAAAUAUACAUACAUUAGCUGCCGCCACAAAAAUGGAUCCUGUGGAAAAGGAGGAUGUGAAUAGGCGAAGCAUGGAGGAGGAUGGCACUGUUAUUACACUAUAGGUUUCUUAACCUGCACUUAAAGGUGCCAAUUAUAUUUGUUUUUAAGGCAGCCUGUUAUGGUUUUUAUGUGCUAUAAAGGAAUUUUUUGUUAUAACUUGCAAACUGCUGCAUGCGUGAAAUGAGCAGCAUAAUGUCUCCAGAAGAAUACAAAACUUGAUGGAGUAAUGAAAUUUUCACUGUGUGGGCCCAUUCUUUUCCUUUUGUGUGCAAAUAUUUUAAAAUAUUUUCAGAGAACCGCAACUUUUAGGAAGGAGAAACAUAAAAGCCCUCCCUCCCAAAAAGAUAUAAUUAAGAAAAAGAAAGGUGACCAACAUUGCCCUAUCUGAAUGAUGAUCUGAUCAUUUACUUAUUGUAGAAACACACCAAGAUCUGACUAUUUACAGUACAAUUCCUAGAACUGAUCAUUCUAUUUCCUUUUCAGUUCCUGAUUAGAAUACUUGAAAACCAAAAAAAAGCUUUAACCUAACCAGAGUCUUAACUCCUUCAGCAUGCUUGUUUCUCUCCCCCAUCCCCCAUUUUAGAUUUUGUUGCAUGUGUGCUUGUAAGGCAUUAUUAGGCACUUUCUGUAACUAGUAUGUUUAACCUACAGUGACUGCACAGCAAAAUGGGAUUAGGAAGAAUUGUAAAUUUCAUCAUACUCCUGUAAUUUUAUAAUUACUAUUCAAUUCCUUAUAAAAGUGCAUGUUGUAGAGGCUGAUGUGCAAAAUCCAGUUUUUUUUUUGUAACCAUUUAGAUAAAGUAUACUGCUCAACUUAAAGGAGCAGCAAGUUUUAUAAUUAUGGCUCAAAACAGACCAACUAAAGUACUAACAAUACCAAUAGGCUAUGUUAGCUCAUUAAAAUUGACUUCUUAUACUAGAAUUGUAUAUGUUUGCAAAGAACUAUUUUGAUAUUCAUUACCAGAGAGUAUUCCUAGCUGGCUGUUUUUUUUUUGAAAAAAAAACAAUGAGAAUGCCCUCUGAGCUGCUAAUAAUGUGAAAGUGGAAUUGAGCCAGGAAAUAAAAGCUUAACAGCGCUGGUACCCACAAGUAAGGCAUAAAAUUCUUGUGUUGUGCAUAGAUUUUAUAAAAACUAAAUCAAAUAGACUCAAUUGUCAUCUUCAGCAAAUAUCUGGCACAAGCAUAUGGCCUCCUUCCGUGCUGUAAACAUCUAUGGUUAACAUACUUCAGAAUUGAGUAGAUGAAAUUAGAACAGAAAUUAAGUUUUGCUUAAAACACAAACUGACCAGGAACUCAACAAAUCUACUGUUUGGACAUAAACAUUGUGUUGAAGUUACCAGUAUUUCCUUCGGAUGUCCUGGGUAUAUACUGUAGAAUAGCAUGGCUCCAAGCAGGAAAAAAGUAACUCUUGUUAUUUAUUACCCCAAUUUGCUAAGGAUUUUGUAUUCUAGUCCACUUUGCUUAGUUUGUUGAUUAUUGCUUGGGGAUGGGGGGGGUGGAAUACAAGAUUUUUACAAAUGUUUUUUCUUCUUGGGUUCUCAUAAGUAUAGUUUGCAUUUUAUGAAACCAUGACAUGUGUACUGUUAAAAGUAAUUCUGAAGUUACAUUUUCAUCCUCCUGGCUUUAUAGUUUCUCAGAUUUCAAAUAGAUUUAAUAUUAAUAUCAAAUCUGCAGUGCCAUUUUAUUCUGUACUUGGCAAAUGUGGGAGGUCUCUACUUCUAACAAGCAAUUCACAGUCGGACAUGAAAUACUUUAGGAUCAUUGGAGGGAGAUCUAAUGUGGGAGAGGAGUUGUUUGCUGAUCUUUUACAGGUGUCUAGGUAAAUAGUUGUAAUGUAAAUGCUUACUGUGUACAAUCCUUUUGGAGGCUAUUAAUGUUGAAAAAAUUCCAAGCACCCAGUAAUUAACUGACACAACUACACCAUAAGAUUUCAUGUUUUUAAACAAAAACAAACUUUAUUGUAUACAAAAAAAACAAGGCAAGCACCAAUAACAAUACUACAGCUUAUAAAGACUGAUGCUAUAAACUCAUUUCUGCUUGUUACUUCUCCUCAAGAGUUCCCUUGUACAUUACAAGAAUCUUGAAGGUUCAUUUACUUUUCCUGGGACCAAUUCGCAGGGUAUGUCCCAGAUCUCUGAAAUUCACUUUAAUUCCCCUCAGUGUUCCAGCUAUUCUCUGAGGUAAUAUUUUAUGGGGGUCCUUCAGUUAGACUUUUGGUUAAGCAUCACUCCAAUUUUUAUUUAAUACAUCACAACUGUGAACGUCUCGGCUCCUUGUUCUGGUAGCUGGAAAUUGCUGGCAAUAUAUAAUUUUCUUAAAUGCAUUUUUAGUUACGCAAGGAUUUUUUUCAAGUCUGCCACUGUGUUUUGUGCACUUGCACUCUAUAUAUUGGGGUCAAGCAGCAGCCAACUGGACAGGUGUGAGGCAAGGGAAGCUGCUGCAAAUUCUGCAUACUUGCAUGGAAGCAAAUUUGCCUGGAUCGGCUCAGGAACCCUUAAUAAAGGUGCUAAUUGAUUUGGAAGUACAGCUAAUGUUUCAGGCUACUUAGCAACGAUACAUUGAUCUUGUACAGAUCCUUCCACUAAGAAUGCAGAUUUAAUUUUUUUAUUAAAAAAUAAGUUAUGUUAACAUUUGAAUAUACCUUUUAAAACCGUGGCUGAUCUGUUUGUGUUUCGAAUUCCACAUUCCAAUCUGCACCCGAUAACCUUUGGUUCCCUCACCUAACAAGGAUCCUCUGCCUUAAAAAUAUUCAAUGACCCCGCCUCCACCGCCUUCUGAGGCAGAGUUCCAAAGCCACACAACUCUGAGAGAAAAAAAUUCUCCUCAUCUUUGUCCUAAAAGGGCAGCCCCUAAUUUUAAAACAGUGCCCCCUAGUUCUGGACUCACCCAUAAGAGGAAAUAUCCUUUCCACACCCACUUUGUGAAUAUCUUUCAGGACCUUAUAUACUUCAAUUAAGUCACCCCUAACCCUUCUAAACUCCAGUGGAAAAAUCCCAGCCUGUCCAAUCUUUCCUCAUAUGACAACCCACUCAUUCCAGGUACCAAUCUAGUAAGCCUCCUCUGAACCGUCUCCAAUGUAUUUACAUCUUCCUUAAAUGAGGAGGCUAAAAUUACACACACUAUUCGAGAUGAGGUCUCACCAAUGCCCUGUAGAACUGAAGCAUAGCAUCCUUACUUCUAUGUUCAAUUCCUCUAGUAAUAAUGGAUUGCAUUCUAUUAGCCUUCUUAAUUACUUGCUGUACCUGCAUACUCAUUUUUGUGACUCAUGCACUAGAAUAUCUAGAUCCCUGUGCAGCUCAGAAUUCUGCACCUAUUCUCCAUUUAAGUAAUACUCUCCUUUUGUAUUCUUCCUGCCAAAGUGAACAACUUCACAUUUUCCCACAUUAUACUCCAUCUGCCGUAUUUUUGCCCACUCAGUCAACCUAUCUACAUCAACCUGCAACCUUAUGACCUCUUCUCAGCAUACUUUGCUACCUAUCUUUGUGUCAACUGCAAAUCUAGCUAUCAUGCCCUUACUCCCCUCAUCUAAGUCAUUGAUAUAAAUUGUAAAACAUUGAGGCCCCAGCACAGACCCGUGCGGGACUCCACUGGUCACACUGUGCCAAUCAGGGAAAAAAAAACAUUUAUGCAUUCUCUUUUCUGCCAGCCAGCCAAUCUUCUAUCCAUGCUAAUGCGUUACC